AUGUUCAACUCUAUGGGCAACCUCUGCGCUCCGACGGGCAAAGAGAGAGCGGCGGCGGUCGGCGAGCGGGGCGGCGGCUGUGUCGCCAACAUGUACCUCCCGAACUGCACCUACUACCUCCCGGAGUUCGGCGCUGUGUCGCCCUUCCUGUCCCAGACCGCGACCCGCCAGAUCACCUGCCCUUACCCGCCGAACAUACCCCAGAUCCAGGCGAUGCGGGACGGCGCGUACGCCUCCGAAACGCCCCCCACCAAAUGGCACCAGCGGACCGGCUACUCGUACGCGGCGGAGGACCUCUUGCCCCAGGAGUGCCCGCCGCCUCCGCCGCCUCACCCGUCGGUCGGCGACGUGUUUCUCAAGCACGACAGUCCUUUCCCUCACAGACACCCUCUCCACCACACCCACCACCAUCACCACCGGCAGGGCGCCGUGACCCCGGCCAAGAACGGCGUGCUCCCCCAAGGCUUCGACCGGUUUCUGGACCCCAGCUACUGCGCGGCGGCGGCGGCAGCGGAGAGGCCGGAGCGGACAGCGGCGGCGGCGGACGCCGUCUGCCUCGGCAAGGCGGAGAAGCGGGAUGCGGCCGUGGCCCUGCUGGCCGGCGCGUCUCAGCGCGGGGCGGAUAGGCAGAGAGAGGGGACUGUGGUCACGGUGGUGGGGACGGAGAAGACCGCGAGCGGUUCGCGAACGCGGAAGAAGAGGUGUCCCUACACGAAAUUCCAGAUCAGAGAGUUGGAGAGGGAAUUCUACUACAACGUUUACAUCAACAAAGAGAAGCGACUGCAGUUAUCGAGGAUGCUCAGUCUCACCGACCGCCAAGUUAAGAUCUGGUUCCAAAACAGAAGGAUGAAAGAGAAGAAAUUGAAUCGAGACCGGUUGCAAUACUUCUCAGGAAACCCGCUUUUGUGA